UUUGUUUAUGUGUCUGUUAAAAUUCCAGACGUCUUCUGUGAAAAGUUCCAUCUCAGAAGUUUGGCUAACCAAGUAAUAAACGAGAACCUAGCCUUUAACCUUAAAUCCCAGCGCACGUGGGGCGCAGGCGGCGUAUAACAGUUAAGGACUACAUCCCCCGACAACCCCGAGCUUGUGACGCGUUUCCGGUUGUCCCAGCUGAGCGCUCGGGAUAUUUCUGCAGCUCUUCGACUGGGCUCGGCAGAUUCCGUGCGGCGAGGAGGGAUUUACUCUCAGCGGCGGGGCAGAUCCGUAGUAGUUUGUCGUGCGUCGAGGAGCCGCACGCUGGGGAUGAGUGACUGGUGAACGGCAGGCAGAGUGAGUGUAGUCCCUCAGGCAGCAGGAUGGUAGCGCUAUCUUUGAAGAUCUGCGUGAGGCAGUGCAACGUGGUGAAGACGAUGCAGUUUGAGCCGGCCACAGCCGUGUAUGAUGCGUGCCGGGUCAUUAGAGAGAGGGUUCCGGAAGCUCAGACUGGACAGGCAUCGGAGUAUGGGCUGUUCCUGUCCGACGAGGACCCGAGGAAAGGUAUCUGGCUUGACGGCGGACGCACGCUGGACUACUAUAUGCUGAGAAACGGGGACAUCCUCGAAUAUAAGAAAAAGCAAAGGCCACAGAAGAUUAAAAUGCUGGACGGUGCUGUGAAGACCAUAAUGGUGGAUGACUCUAAAACAGUUGGAGAGCUUCUCGUCACAAUCUGCAGUAGAAUAGGGAUCACAAACUAUGAGGAGUACUCCCUGAUUCAGGAGGUGGUGGAGGAGAAAAAGGAAGAAGGGAUGGGCACGCUGAGGAAAGACAGAACUCUUUUGAGGGAUGAGAGAAAGAUGGAGAAACUCAAAGCCAAACUGCACACAGAUGAUGACUUGAACUGGCUGGAUCAUGGGCGUACUUUUCGAGAGCAGGGAGUGGAAGAGAGUGAGACUCUGCUUUUGAGGAGGAAGUUUUUCUACUCUGAUCAGAACGUGGACUCUCGGGACCCAGUCCAGCUUAACCUGCUCUAUGUACAGGCCCGUGAUGACAUUCUCAAUGGUUCUCACCCCGUCUCGUUUGAUAAGGCGUGCGAGUUUGGUGGCAUUCAGACGCAGAUCCAGUUCGGCCCUCACGUAGAACAUAAGCACAAAGUUGGAUUCCUGGACUUGAAGGAGUUCCUACCUAAAGAAUACAUCAAGCAGAGAGGGGCUGAGAAGAAAAUCUUUCAGGAACACAAGGCUUGUGGUGAAAUGACGGAGAUCGAAGCCAAAGUGAAGUAUGUGAAACUGGCCAGGUCACUCAGAACUUACGGUGUCUCCUUCUUCCUGGUGAAGGAGAAGAUGAAGAGCAAGAAUAAACUGGUGCCUCGUUUGCUGGGCAUAACCAAAGAAUCAGUGAUGCGAGUGGAUGAGAAAACCAAAGAGGUGCUGCAGGAGUGGCCUCUUACCACAGUCAAGAGAUGGGCUGCUUCUCCUAAGAGCUUUACUCUGGAUUUUGGAGAGUAUCAGGAAAGCUACUAUUCGGUCCAGACCACAGAGGGGGAGCAAAUCUCCCAGCUCAUCGCUGGCUACAUUGACAUCAUCCUCAAAAAGAAACAGAGUAAAGAUCGCUUUGGCUUGGAAGGUGAUGAAGAGGCCACCAUGCUAGAGGAAUCAGUCUCUCCAAAGAAGUCCACUAUUCUACAGCAGCAGUUUAAUCGAGUUGGCCGUGCAGAGCAUGGGUCAGUGGCAUUACCUGGUGUCUUGAGGACCAGCUCAGUUGGCCCAGAGACUCUGAAUGUGGGCACCAUGCCAUCACCACAACAACAGGUCACAACUGGACAGAUGCACCUUGGUCACAUGCCACCACUGAGUGCAGCCCAGCAAGCUCUGGUGGGGACCAUUAACACCAGCAUGCAGGCAGUGCAACAAGCUCAGGCAGACCUAGAGGAAGUAGAGGAGUUGCCUCCAUUGGGAAAUGAUAUGGCCUCCAAAAUGUGGAUCCAGAACAAAGUGGACGAGUCCAAGCAUGAGAUUCACUCACAGGUGGGCGCCAUCACUGCUGGUACUGCCUCUGUGGUCAAUCUCACAGCAGGUGACCCAACAGACACAGACUACACUGCAGUAGGCUGUGCCAUCACAACUAUAUCGUCCAAUCUAACCGAGAUGUCGAAGGGUGUGAAGCUGCUGGCAGCUCUGAUGGAGGAUGAGGUGGGCAGUGGUCAGGACCUGAUGAGGGCUGCCAGGACAUUAACUGGGGCUGUGUCUGAUCUGCUCAAAGCUGUGGAGCCUGCGUCAGGAGAGCCUCGGCAGACAGUGUUGACUGCUGCUGGCAGUAUUGGUCAAGCAAGUGGUGACCUUCUCCGGCAGAUUGGAGAGAAUGAAACUGAUGAGAGGUUUCAGGAUGUUCUGAUGAAUCUGGCUAAGGCUGUAGCUAAUGCAGCAGCCAUGAUGGUCCUAAAGGCUAAGAAUGUAGCCCAGGUGUCCGAGGAUACAGUCCUGCAGAACAGGGUCAUUGCAGCGGCAACCCAGUGUGCCCUCUCCACCUCACAGCUAGUGGCCUGUGCUAAGGUGGUGAGCCCCACUAUCAGCUCCCCUGUGUGUCAGGAGCAGCUGAUUGAGGCAGGCAAGCUGGUGGACCGCUCGGUGGAAGGCUGUGUGAAGGCCUGCCUCUCUGCCACUGAUGAUGGAGAGCUGUUGAAGGCGGUUAGUGCUGCCGCUAGCGUGGUCACUCAGGCUCUGGCAGACCUCCUCACACACGUGCGAAAUUAUGCUUCGCGUGGUGAGCCAAUUGGCCGAUACGACCAGGCCACAGAUGCCAUCAUGACUGUAACAGAAAGCAUCUUCACUUCAAUGGGAGAUGCUGGUGAGAUGGUGAAGCAGGCACGCUUGCUGGCUCAGGCCACGUCUGAUCUAGUCAAUGCGAUGAGGUCCGAUGCAGAGGCAGAGAUCAAUGUGGACAACUCGAAGAAGCUCCUUGCUGCUGCCAAGCUGCUUGCUGAUGCCACUGCUCGCAUGGUGGAAGCUGCAAAGGGAGCAGCUGCUUAUCCUGAGAAUGAGGAUCAGCAGCAGAAGCUGCGUGAGGCCGCAGAGGGGCUGCGCGUAGCCACCAAUGCAGCCGCCCAGAAUGCCAUCAAGAAGAAACUCAUUACCAAGCUAGAGAAUGCGGUGAAACAAGCUGCUGCAGCUGCCACUCAGACCAUCGCUGCAUCCCAGAAUGCAGCAGCUUCCAACAAGAAUACCGCUGCCCACCAACAGCUGGUUCAGAGUUGCAAGGCUGUAGCUGACCAUAUUCCUCAGCUGGUGCAGGGUGUGCGGAACAGUCAGAGCCAACCUGAAGAUGGCAGUGCCCAACUCGCCCUCAUCAUUGCCAGCCAAAAUUUCCUCCAGCCUGGCAGUAAGAUGGUGGCCUCAGCCAAGUCCUCUGUCCCAACAGUGGGCGAUCAGGCCGCAGCCAUGCAGUUGGGCCAGUGUGCUAAGAACCUGGCCACUAGCCUGGCAGAACUCCGCACCGCUGCCCAAAAGGCUUAUGAAGCUUGUGGUCCAAUGGAGAUAGACUCUGCCCUCACUGCUGUACAGACUCUGAGGAACGAGCUCCAGGACGCCAAGACGGCUGCCAUCAAGCAACAGCUCAAGCCUCUGCCUGGAGAAUCGUUGGAGAAAUGUGCCCAGGAUCUUGGCAGUACCUCUAAAGCUGUUGGAUCAUCAAUGGCUCAGUUGCUUACCUGUGCUGCCCAGGGCAAUGAACAUUACACAGGGGUUGCUGCUAGAGAGACGGCUCAGGCUCUAAAGACUCUCGCACAGGCAGCGAGGGGUGUGGCUGCAGCGACGGCCGACCCAGCAACAGCUUCAGCAAUGUUGGAUUCUGCCCGUGAGGUCAUGGAUGGCUCGACAAUGUUAAUUUCGGAGGCCAAACAGGCGUUGGUCGCCCCCGGUGAUUCUGAGAGCCAACAGAGAUUAGCACAGGUGGCGAAGUCUGUGUCUCAUUCCCUUAGUGCGUGUGUGAACUGCCUUCCAGGGCAGAAGGAUGUUGACAUGGCUCUGAAGAACAUCGGUGAAGCCAGCAAGAAACUGCUGAUGGAAACCAUUCCUCCUUGCAGUAAAUCCUUCCAGGAAGCUCAGAGUGAUUUGAAUCAGACAGCAGCUGAUCUGAACCAGUCUGCAGGUGAUGUGGUCCAUGCCUCCAAAGGAACCAGCAGUCAGCUUGCCGACGCUUCCGGAAAGUUCAGUGAGGACUUUGAUGAGUUUCUGGAUGCUGGCAUCGAGAUGGCUGGCCACACACAGAGUAAGGAAGACCAGUUCCAGGUGAUUGGAAAUCUGAAGAACAUCUCCAUGGCCUCCAGUAAACUCCUGCUGGCUGCUAAGUCUUUGUCUGUGGACCCUGGAGCAGCUAAUGCCAAGGGCCUACUUGCUGCUGCCGCCAGGUCUGUAACUGACAGCAUCAACCAGCUGAUCAAUCUGUGUACACAGCAAGCCCCAGGGCAGAAGGAGUGUGACAAUGCGCUCAGAGAGCUGGAGGCUGUGAGGGGGUUGCUGGACAAUCCUAAUGAGCCAGUCAAUGAUCUCUCGUAUUUUGACUGCAUUGAGAGCGUCAUGGAGAGCUCUAAGGUCCUUGGUGAGUCUAUGGCUGGUAUCUCCCACAACUGUAAGACAGGAGAUGUUCCAUCUUUUGGAGAUUGUGUAUCUGUGGCCUCUAAAGCUUUAUGUGGGCUGACGGAGGCGGCAGGACAGGCUUCAUACCUAGUCGGCGUGUCUGAUCCUAACAGCCAAACGGGUCAUCAGGGCUUAGUUGAUCCUGUUCAGUUUGCUCGGGCCAAUCAGGCAAUCCAGAUGGCCUGUCAGAAUCUCGUCGACCCAGGCAGUAGUCCCUCUCAGGUGCUCUCUGCUGCUACUAUCGUUGCAAAACACACUUCAGCUUUGUGUAACGCCUGUCGUCUGGCCUCCUCUAAAACGGCGAACCCUGUUGCCAAGCGUCACUUUGUCCAGUCAGCCAAAGAGGUGGCAAAUAGCACAGCCAGCCUGGUCAAAACUAUUAAGGCUCUUGAUGGGGAUUUCUCUGAUGAGAACCGUGAGAAAUGCCGUGUUGCAACAGCUCCCCUCAUUGAAGCUGUGGACAAUCUGACUACUUUUGCUUCUAACCCAGAGUUUGCCAGUGUUCCUGCACUAAUAAGCAGGGAGGGGUCUGCUGCACAGGUGCCCAUCCUCCAAUCAGCACGGUCCAUGCUGGAUAGCUCCACUCAGCUCCUGAAGACUGCACGCUCCUUGGUUAUGAACCCUAAAGACCCUCCCACAUGGUCCUUACUCGCUAGCUACUCACGUACUGUGUCGGACUCCAUCAAAAGCCUCAUCACAGCUAUCAGGGACAAGGCUCCUGGUCAGAGGGAGUGCGACUCUGCAAUAGACAGCAUUAAUAAAUGCAUCAGAGAUAUUGAGCAUGUCUCCCUUGCUGCUAUUAGUCAAAAUCUACCCACCCGAGAUGACAUCUCACUGGAGGCCUUGCAGGAGCAGCUAAUGUCAUCAGUGCAUGAAGUGGGUCACCUGAUUGAGCCCAUCUCCACAGCAGCCAAAGGAGAGGCAGCACAGCUGGGACACAAGAUAUCUCAGCUUGCUAGUUACUUCGAGCCUCUGCACAGUGCAGCAGUGGGCAUGGCCUCUAAGCUCAUGCACCACCAGCAGCAGAUGAAUCUUCUAGAUCAGACCAAGACCCUAGCGGAGUCUGCCCUGCAGAUGCUCUAUGCUGCCAAGGAAGGCGGUGGGAACCCAAAGGCGGCUCUUGCUCAUGAUGCCAUAGCAGAGGCAACCCAACUGAUGAGGGAGGCUGUCGAUGACCUAAUGGUGACCCUGAAUGAGGCUGCCAGUGAGGUGGGCAUAGUGGGUGGCAUGGUGGAUUCCAUUGCUGAUUCCAUGGGCAAGUUGGGGGAGGGGACGCCACCAGAGCCAGAGGGCUCCUUUGUGGACUACCAGACCACCAUGGUGAAGUAUUCCAAAGCCAUUGCUGUAACUGCGCAGGAGAUGAUGACAAAAUCAGUGAGUGGUCCAGAGGAAUUGGGUAGUUUAGCAUCUCAGGUCACAGGAGACUACAGUCAACUGGCAUUGCAAGGACAUCUUGCUGCUGCUACAGCAGAGCCUGAAGAGAUUGGGGUGCAAAUAAAGCUGCGGGUGCAGGAGCUGGGCCAUGGCUGCAUUGUGUUGGUGCAAAAAGCUGGAGCUCUACAGAGCUGCCCGUCUGACUCCAUAACUAAGAGAGAACUCAUUGAGGGUGCACGAGUCGUCACUGAAAAGGUCUCUAUGGUGUUGUCAGUGCUGCAGGCUGGUAAUAAGGGCACUCAGGCAUGUAUUACUGCAGCCAGUGCUGUGUCCGGCAUCAUCGCGGACCUUGGCACCACCAUCAUGUUUGCCUCAGCUAGCACACUCAAUGCUGAAACUGACACAGAUUCCUUUGCUGAUCAUAGGGAGAAUAUUCUGAAGACGGCUAAAGCUCUGGUGGAGGACACCAAGAAUCUGGUGUCUGGUGCGGCAUCUGGUCAGGAGAAGCUGGCCCGGGCAGCUCAGUCAUCAGCCACGACCAUCACGCAACUCACUGAUGUGGUGAAACUGGGAGCGGCAAGCAUCGGCCCUGAUGACCCCGAGACUCAGGUGGUGUUGCUCAAUGCAGUGAAAGAUGUUGCCAAAGCUUUAGGUGAACUCAUUGGCGCCACCAAGUGUGCAGCAGGCAAAGCAGCUGAUGACUCAUCUAUGUUCCAGCUCAAAAGUGCAGCUAAGGUGAUGGUAACUAAUGUGACAUCUUUGCUGAAGACUGUGAAAGCAGUGGAAGACGAGGCCACUAGAGGCACCAGAGCACUGGAGGCCACCAUUGAGUGUAUUAGACAAGAACUCACUGUUUUCCAGUCUAAAGACACUCCGGUGAAAUUCACCACUCCUGAGGAGUUCAUUAGGAUGACCAAGGGCAUCACCACAGCAACCGCUAAAGCUGUGGCUGCUGGAAACUCCGCCAGACAGGAAGACGUCAUUUCAACAGCAAACCUUAGCCGGAAGGUUAUUGCAGACAUGCUGACAGCAUGCAAGCAAGCAGCGUAUCAUGAUGGGGUCAGUGAGGAGGUCAGGGGCAGAGCUCUUCUGUAUGGAACCGAAUGCACCAAUGGAUAUAUUAGACUACUGGAGCAUGUUCUGCAGGUCCUUCAGAGGCCCACAGCCGAACAGAAGCAGCACUUGGCAGUGUUCUCCAAACGAGUAGCAGGAGCUGUUACUGAACUCAUUCAGACAGCAGAAGCUAUGAAAGAUGAGGGCACCGAGUGGGUAGACCCGGAGGAUCCUACAGUGAUUGCUGAAACCGAGCUGCUGGGAGCUGCAGCCUCGAUUGAAGCAGCUGCCAAAAAACUGGAGCAGCUGAAACCUAGAGCUAAACCAAAGCAGGCUGACGAGAGUCUGGAUUUCGAGGAGCAGAUUUUAGAAGCAGCAAAAUCUAUUGCUGCAGCAACUAGUGCCUUGGUCAAAUCAGCUUCAGCUGCCCAGAGAGAGCUUGUGGCGCAGGGCAAGGUGGGCUCCAUCCCUGCUAAUGCUGAGGACGAUGGCCAGUGGUCACAAGGACUCAUCUCAGCUGCGCGCAUGGUGGCGGCAGCAACCAGUAACCUGUGUGAAGCCGCAAACGCGUCAGUGCAAGGCCAUGCCACUGAGGAGAAGCUCAUUUCUUCAGCCAAGCAGGUAGCUGCAUCCACCGCCCAACUGCUGGUGGCCUGCAAAGUGAAAGCUGACCAGGACUCUGAGGCAAUGAAGAGAUUACAGGCUGCAGGCAACGCAGUGAAGCGAGCAUCAGAUAAUCUGGUAAAAGCGGCUCAGAAAGCAGCUUUUGACAAGGCAGAUGACGAAAAUGUGGUGGUCAAGACCAAGUUUGUCGGAGGAAUUGCUCAGAUUAUCGCUGCACAGGAAGAGAUGUUGAGGAAGGAGAGAGAGUUGGAAGAGGCCAGGAAGAAGCUUGCUCAGAUUAGACAACAACAGUACAAAUUCCUGCCCAGCGAGCUUAGAGAGGAUGAGGACUGAAUGGCCACCGACUAGGUUUUGUGUGUGUGAGUCCCUAUGUGUGUGUGGUGAUGAAGAUAUUUAUACAUGAAGUUCCGGUGAUGGACACCACUGAUUUCUGUAUACGGUGCAGCAGUGAAUGUUUCAGAAAUCGCUGUUCGUUUUUAAAGUACAUCCAACAGCACCAAACGUACAAGGGCUAUAUGAGUACAGUAUGCUAAUGUGUCCUUCAACAGUGCUGGACAGUCGUUUUUGACUACAAACAGGUCAGGUACCAAAUGUGAUCCUGAAAUGUGAGGCCUUUUGUCCGCUACAGUGACAAAAGAGGCGACCUAGGCCACAUGGCUGGCCAUAAGACGUUAACUAGCCACUAAUGCACGAAAUAUGGCUUUCUGUACUUUUAACUGAUACAGUGUUUUAAGAUGGCUUGAGAAAUGUGUUGGUGCUUUAUCUUUUGAGGCUACUCAGGCUGAUUGUAUGAGCCUGAGCCUGGAGCCCUGAGCUGUCUUGUUUAAAAGUACUAAAAGGGUCACAGCUUCCACAUCUUGUUGUGCAUUGAUGAAAGACUCUGAACAAGUCCUCUAGUAUGUUGCUGUCAGAUUGUAGCCUCCAUCUUGACAGCUGUGAAUGUUAAAGCUGUGUAAGCAUCUGAAGCUGAAGUACCUUUUUCUUAUCCUUAAUGUGUUUCAUGCUACAAAACUAUAAUGCAAAAAGGUGGAUCACUCUCUGGUACUGUGCUCUGUGCAGCCACAUCUGAAUGUUUAGUAGUUUUUAUAAUGAAUUCAUGCCACUAACAGAACAUCCACGUGUAGUUUAUACACUGAAAUGCUAACACAGAGUGCAUGUGGCUGUCUGUGAUCUCUCAAGACGAUCUAAAAAAAGAGUUUGGGUCAAAGUGGAACUGAACGUGUUGAUGGUUCUAUCUAGUUUUAAACCAGACUUAGUUUGCCAUACUUUUAUGCUCACUAGAGACUGGUAGUGAUGGUGCCUCUUCCUCAUAUUGAGACCUAGGUACGUGUUAUUUUCUGUUUCGCUGUCUCUGUCUACUUACAGACCUGGGUAGUUGUGAUGUAGCUCAAUGCUGCAAUGUUUCUCCAUCUUUCGCUGCUUUUUAUUAUUUGCUUAGCUUUUAGUGCCUUAGCUUUAUUUUCCAGAUUGUAACAACGGAAGGAAAACUGCGAGAUGAGACAUUCUUAGUCAACUAAAAUGCUUUGCAGGAGCCUGUGUACUUCUAACCUGGUAGUACCUGUUUUUUGAUGAAGCUCAGCUGUUCUGUGCUUUCUACUUCCUUUCAGUAUAUGAAACAAUCACACAGUGAAGGUAUAUAGCAUAUGCACAUGUCAAUGGGUAUGUAUAUUAUAUAUAUGCAUUAAAUCAGCACAGUUUUGUACUGCAUUCCUUAAGCAUGCUCCGUGACUCUUCUCAGAUUGGAGGUGUUGAGUCCUUUGCCUUUAGGUCUAGUGUGAAUCUCAGAGUAACAGUCUGUCCAAAGUGCAGUCCAUAUUUUACAACACUACCGUAUCUGAUGAUUGGCUGGUGGCAGUCGUAUCACAACUUGUCCUAGAAUAGAAUCGCACUCAAAAUAACAGUUCUGGGGUGAACACUACAAGAGAUCCGGAAGAAAACCAAGCGAGUGUUCAUCCAGAUGCAUUAACACAUUUUAAUUAGCACGUUUUGAGUGUCUCAUUUUUGUCAGCGUGGGAUUGUUACAUGGGUGCUACAAUAAAAUUACAGAAUUGAAAUGUAUGGAAACUAUUUAUCUGGAUGCAGGAAAAUGUAUUUACUGAAAAUAAAGAAUUUCAAAAUA